CACAGCGUUUGACAGCCGGGUUUAGGAGGACGCACAAUGACGGAAAUCAACAGCGUCCAGCUCAAAAAUGUGCCCCAUGGCACUGGAAAUGGUGUGGACAACCAUGCUUUUGAAAUAGAGGAGGACAAUGUUUCUGAUGCUAGCAGCAUCAAAAGGCAGACUAAAAACACUAAAAAGGGAUUGGGAUCAUACUUCAGCAAAGUUUCCAAGCCGAUUAAUGCAACAGAGAAUUACAUCAAGGCGCACUCACAGACCUUUAAAUACAUCGUGCUGGGUGUACUCGGUGCAGGUUAUGUGGCGUACUUCAUCGCUGCCUGCGUACUGAAUUUCCAGAGGGCUGUCGCUCUUGUAGUCCUAACCAGUUUGGCUAUUGCUGCUAAAUCAUAUGAACUUUUGAAGAAGUACAAAGGAAAAAGCAUCGCUCAGUGUUUCAGACCUGCAGUUAGAUGCUUUACGUCGAACUUGUAUUGGUUGAAAUGGGUGUUCAUCACAGCAGCUGUGAUCCUGCUUGUUCUGUGGCUCGUCUUAGACACGAGGAAGCGUCCCGAGCAGCUCAUCUCGUUUGGGGGCGUGUGCAUGUUUGUGGUGCUGGUGUUCCUCCUGUCAGCUCACAGGACAGCGGUAACAUGGAGGCCUGUGUUUUGGGGUCUCGGGUUGCAGUUCUGUAUUGGACUUUUUGUCAUAAGAACACAGCCUGGACUCAUAGCGUUCAAAUGGCUUGGGACUCAAGUGCAGAUAUUUCUUGACUAUACCAAAGAAGGGUCCAGGUUUGUUUUUGGGGAUCUGAUUGAAAACAUUUUUGCCUUUCAAGCUUUGCCCAUUGUGGUGUUUUUCAGCAGUGUGAUGUCAGUCCUUUACUUUUUGGGGAUAAUGCAGUGGCUCAUUCUGAAGAUCUCAUGGGUUAUGCAGAUAACGAUGGGAACCUCUCCCACAGAGACCUUGAGUGUGGCAGGCAAUAUAUUUGUUGGGCAGACUGAAGCUCCGCUGCUGAUCCGCCCGUAUUUGAAGGACAUGACCAAAUCUGAGAUCCACGCUGUAAUGACCGGUGGAUUCGCUACUAUUGCAGGAAGUGUCAUGGGAGCAUUUAUCUCAUUUGGGAUUGAUGCAUCUUCCUUGAUAUCAGCAUCUGUGAUGGCCGCUCCUUGUGCUCUGGCCAUCUCCAAACUUUCAUACCCAGAGACCAAGGAGAGUCCCUUCAAGUCAGACAAGAAUAUUAAAGUGUCUUGUGGAGAUGAACAAAACAUUCUGGAGGCUGCUAGCAGUGGAGCAUCUGCUUCAAUCGGUCUUGUUGCCAACAUUGCAGCAAAUUUGAUCGCCUUUCUUGCCAUCCUCGGCUUCAUAAAUGAGGCUUUGAGUUGGCUUGGCGGUAUGGUUGGGUAUCCUUCAAUCACAUUUCAGAUGAUUUGCUCUUAUGCAUUCAUGCCUGUGGCCUUUAUGAUGGGAAUUCCUUACGAGGAGAGCUUCACUGUUGCUGAGCUUAUUGGCACCAAGCUCUUCCUCAAUGAGUUUGUGGCUUAUCAGAAACUAUCUGCACUGAAGGACAACAGACUCAGCGGACUGGAUGAGAUUAUCGGAGGCGAAAGACAAUGGAUAUCUGUCCGAUCAGAAAUAAUCACCACGUUUGCUCUUUGUGGGUUUGCCAACUUCAGCUCCCUGGGUAUUAUGAUUGGAGGCCUGGCUUCUAUAUGCCCAUCCAGAAGGGGCGAUGUCUCAUCUAUGGUACUAAGAGCUAUGAUCACGGGGACUUGUGUGUCUCUCAUCAAUGCUUGCGUUGCAGGGAUUCUCUUUGUUCCUCCACUUGAGUGUGUGACACUGUUCAAGACAUCCGCUUUCAAUGCCACAGAUGACAGUAUACAAACUUGCUGUACUGACCUCUUUAAAAGCACAAUAAACAAUGGGACCGUCUCAUUUGAAGGAUCAUGGAGCAAAGUAGCAAACGUCACUCUGUUUUUCUCUAAGUGCUGUCAGUGCUGCGGGAUUUCUGAUGUGGCAGUAUGUAAUUAGAGGAGGUAAAUAUGCACCAGUGUCUGUUUUUAUACUGUAGUCAUUUACGGGUCUGUCCAUGUUUGUAUAUACGUGCCACAGUUUAUGUACAAAUGUAAAGUCUAUGAUAUCUUUUGAAGAUGAAUGUAUAUUUUAAUGUAUUAUACUGUAAAUUAAUUCAGAUAUUGCCUUUUAUGUAGAGCCAAGGAUUACACUUUUACUUCAUCCACAAAAUGAACAUUUGUAAAUCACUUUUUGUUAAGUAUUCAUUCAUGCCAUGUUACCGUGAAUUUGUGAAGAUAACUUUGUUUUUCUUGCAUGCCUCCACUUAAAACAGUGAACGGUGAACACAUUGGGGACCACGCUGAACAACAGCAAAACUAUGCCGAAACAUCCUUUCAGAAAAUCUCACACAAAUCGUUCAGUAUCAUCCGAGUCUUAUCUAUCCAGUCGUAUGCACAGUGCUUUCCAAACAUAGAGCAGUUUUGCUUUAAAAACUCCAGUCAUUGAGUCUGUUUUUAAAGAGAGCAUAGACAAAACUGACUUUUUGUCCAGUUGUAAAUUCUAAGGUUUUGGGAAAAAUGCAUUUGUUUGAAAAAAUACUAAGAAUACAAAUGAAUAACUGAGACUUGGAUCAUACUGCAGCAGUUGUGUGAGAGUUUGUAUACAGAUGCUUUGAUAUAGUUUUGCUGCUGUUAAAUGUGGUCCCCAAUCAAUUAAUAUGUUUGCUGUUUUCCAUACGAGAAAAACAAAGAUUUCUUUGUGUCAGGGUAACAUGGCAUGACUAAUUCCAAAAUGGGUGAGAUAUUCCUGUAGGAAAUAUACAGUACCUCAGAAUGUAUUCAGACAUCAGCAGUUCGAUGAAUGUAAAUAUUUAAAAUACAUCUGAGUGACUCAAUUAUUUUAUAAUGUUAUUGAUAAUUAUAACAGUCAUACUUUUUUUGAGAAAAAUGAAAUUAAAA